AUGAAACUAUUGGGAUCAAACAAUCUAUAUAUUGAAUAUAUCGAGAUAUCAGAAAAUAGUUUCUUCUCUAUAGAAAUAUAAGAAGAUCCUUCUUAUUUUAUCGAUUAUAUUAUUUUCAUUUAAACAAAAGCAAAAGGUUUUGUAGUUAUGCUAAAUUAAUUUAAAAUUCCAUUAAAAAUCAUUUGA